GUGGCGCCAAAACCGGCGCCACGUGACCGCCGCCGGGCCACGCCCACCCCACGCCCCCAAUGGGCGGGGGAGCGGCUUCACGUGACCCGGCGCCACGCCCCGCUUUGUCACGUGACCCGGCGGAGCGCAGGCCCUGCGAUGCUGUCCCAGAUCUUCAUCCUUUCCUCCAAGGGCGACUGCCUUAUCCACAAGGACUUCCUCGGGGAGCCCUUUGGAACCAGCACCGACCUCGCCGACACCUUCUACCGCCGCAUCACGGCGCUGCCGGGGGAUCAGCCCCCCGUCUUCUUGGCACACGAGGGGCAGCACUUUGUCCACGUGCGGCACGCGGGGCUCUUCUUCGUGGCCACCACCACGGCGGAUGCGUCGCCCUUCACGGUGGUGGAGUUCCUCAAUAGGCUGGUGGCGCUGCUGCGGGAUUUCUGCGGGAUCCUGAGCGAGAAGAACCUCGCGCUCAACUUGGCGCUGGUCUACGAGCUGCUGGAGGAGAUGGUGGACCACGGCCACAUCCAGACGACGGCGCCGGAGGUGCUGCGGGCGCUGGUGCAGACGGAGCCCAUCACCCCCAAACCCUUCAGCCUCCUCGAUUUGGGCUCCAUCGGGCUGUUUGGAGCAGAGACGCAGCAGAGCCGCGUGGCCCCCAGCGCCGCCGCCCGCCCCGUCCUCCCCCCUCGGGGGGACCAGAGCAGCAGGAAUGAGAUCUUUGUGGAUGUGGUGGAGAAGCUGACGGUCGUCAUCGCCGCCAACGGGACCCCCAUGAAGGUGGACGUGCAGGGCGAGAUCCGGCUCAAGAACUUCUUGCCCAGCGCUCCGGAGCUGCGGUUGGGGCUGACAGAGGAGCUGUGUGUGGGGAGAUCCGAGCUGAGGGGCUACGGUCCCCCCGUGCGGGUGGACGAGUGUUGGUUCCACAGUUCGGUGCAGCUCGAUGAGUUCGAGAGCGCGCGGGUGCUGCGCGUCACCCCCCCCCCAGGCCAGAUGACCCUCAUGCUUACACACUGGCGGAUGAACAUUCCCACCCCUCUGCCCUUCCGCCUCUUCCCCACUGUGGAAUUGGACCCCACGGGGAGGUCAAAGUUAUUCCUGAAGCUCCGCUGCGAUUUGCCCCCCAUAGUGGUGGCAAGCGUCAACGUCAGCCUGGAGCUGCCGCUGCCCAAGGGGAUCACCAGGCUGUCCCCGGAGUUGGGGGCCCCCGAGCAGGCGUUGCUGCUCCCCGAGUCGCGGCGGCUGCGCUGGGAGAUUCCGCGCUGCCAGGGGGCGCUCAGCGCGCGUCCCGGCGGCGGCGCGGCGGCGCUGCUGGAGGUGGGCGCGGCCGCCAUGGCGUUCGAGCUGCCCGAGCGCACCUGCUCGGGACUCGGGGUGCGCUUCCUGCGCGUCAGCGGCCCCCCAAAACCCCCGGCCUGGCUGCGCGCCCUCACCCACGCCGACUCCUACGUCCUGCGCCUCUGAGACCGCGCCCCAAAACCACGGGCACCCCGAAAACCGAGACACAAAGGGAUGGACAUCCCGAAAACCACGGGCACCCCGAAACCAACGGAGACAACGGGAUGGGCACCCCGAAACCACGGGCACCCCA